UUAAAAAGCUCUCUGGGUUUCAUUCAUCCACAGGAAAAUUUCUCUUAUAUUCUUCUACUCUAAGAAUGGCAAAGGCUUGUCCUGUCAUCUUCGUAUUCACACUGCUUUCUCUCUCUGCCAUUUUGGGCACUGCUGAGAGUGAAGAUGGAAGAGAGGCUUACAUUGUUCAUAUCCUCAAGUCCAUGAAACCCCAACACUUCACUUCGCACCAGCACUGGUAUGCGUCAAUGCUUGACCAGGUCGUGCAGUCAGAUCCGAGUGCAAAUGAGAUAUUAUAUACAUAUGAUACUCUCUUGCACGGCUUUGCUGCGCGGCUAAGCAAGGCAGAGGCCCAGGCAAUGGAGUCUACAGACGGGUGCUUGGCUGUCAUUCCCUCUUCCCUCAAUAAAAUUGCCACCACGCACACACCGGAGUUCCUGGGUCUCUCCUCCUCCUCUGGAUUGUGGUCGCACUAUACAUAUGGCAAAGAUAUCAUAGUGGGCAUGAUCGACUCGGGGAUAUGGCCUGAAAGCAAAAGCUUCAAAGAUGAAGGCCUUGGGGCCGCUCCGGCUAGAUGGAAAGGCACUUGUGAAAGCGGGCGGGGCUUCGAUUCCUCCAACUGCAAUGGAAAAAUCAUUGGAGCUCGAUACUUCUCCAAAGGCUACGAAGCGCAGAAUCCGUUUCCGAUUAACGAGACUUUGGAAUACAAAUCUCCGAGAGACAACAAUGGGCAUGGCACCCAUACAGCCUCGACCGUUGCUGGUGCUGCAGUUUCCGGCAUCAGUUACUUUGGCUUUGCCAACGGGACGGCCAGAGGGAUGGCCCCUCAAGCCAGGCUGGCCAUCUACAAAGCCUGCUGGGAAGAUGGUUGCUAUGACACGGACACCGUUGCUGCCAUGGAACAAGCCGUUGCUGACGGCGUCGACAUCAUUUCUAUCUCAAUCGGCUCACCGGAUACGCCAUUUACCGAUAAUAACAGAGCUAUUGCAGCAUUUGGGGCAAUUGAAAAGGGUGUUUUUUUCUCUGCCUCGGCAGGAAACGGUGGGCCUUAUCCGUCUACUCUUGGUAACGUGGCACCCUGGAUUACUACUGUGGCUGCGAGCAGCAUGGAUAGAGAUUUCCCUGCAUCUGUUGUUUUGGGCAACCAAGAGAUGUACAAAGGCACUUCCACCUACAGCCGACUAGAUGAUACAACCUUGCAACAGCCUCUGGCAUUGGUCUACGUAUCCACCAACGACAGCACAAGUUAUUGUGUCCCUGGCAGCCUUGAUCCCAAUUUGGUUAAGGGCAAAAUUGUGGUCUGUAAUCAAAUAUCCUCCUUCACAGAAGUGGUGAGAGCAGGAGGUGCAGGAAUGAUUGGUGCAAACGAUAAACGUUAUGGGUCACAGCAGCGCAUUACAAAUCCAAAUAUUCUGCCGGCUAUUAGCGUGAGUUUGACGACUGGAGAAAAAAUCAAAGAUUACAUCAAAAGCACCGGGAAUAACGCAACCGCUACCAUGAAUCUCAAAGGAUUGACGGUUGUGGGAAAAGAAACAACUGCUCCCAUUGUGGCUUCCUUUUCUUCGAGGGGGCCUAGUGAAGCGUAUCCGCAAGUUCUCAAGCCGGAUAUGAUUGCACCGGGUUUGAACAUAUUGGCAGCAUAUGCCGGAGAGUUUCCCUACAGCAUUCUUUCAGGAACUUCCAUGUCGUGCCCUCACGUCAGCGGCAUAGCAGCGCUCAUAAAAGCCAUACACCCUACAUGGAGCCCUGCCGCUAUCAAGUCUGCGCUCAUGACCUCAUCCUACUUGACUGACAAUUCAGAGCAGCCCAUCAAGGUUUCAAAUACAAUGAAAGAAGCCGAUCCCUUUGCGUUGGGUGCGGGUCACGUGGAUCCAAAUGCUGCGGUAGACCCGGGGCUUGUCUACGACAUGGUGCCUCAAGAUUACAUCACCUUCCUCUGCUCUCUCAACUACACAGAACAACAGAUUUCUCUUCUUACAAAGGAGUCAGUUUCCUGUCCUAACUCCAGUUUGGAAGCCGGCGAUCUCAACUAUCCAUCAUUUUCCGUUGUGAUGAAAUCAGGGAGCAAUUCAGUUCAGGUAAAGAGGAGAACAGUGACAUAUGUAGGUACAGGGUCUGAUGCAGUGUACCAAGUGAGUGUAAAGAACCCUGCUGGCAUCACUAUAAGCGUGGAACCUCAAACGUUAAAGUUCGGAAAGCCCUUGGAAACUGCCAGCUAUAUCGUAAAAGUCGAAGGCACAGUCGCUUCUAGCACUGACACAGCUGCGUUUGGAGAUAUAAUGUGGAAAUGUACUCAAGGAGGAUCACAGAUUGUCCGAAGCCCAGUUGCCGUUAGCAAUGAAGCUUGACAGUGACUGUCUCAUCGUAUCAGUACCAAUUCAGCGUAUCAUUAUAUAUAAUUUAUAGUAUUAAGAAUGUAACGUUAAGUACAUCUUACAAAUUUAGCUCAGAAAGAGCCCUUCGCAUAUGUAGUGGGAUGACUUGACUAUAUAUAUUAAUCAUUUUCAUAAGUAUAUUUAUAUGUAUGUGCACCUCCCAUUUAAAUUUGAUAUUACUAUU